AUGACUGUCUGCUACGAAGGCAUCGAGGCUGCUCUGGACUGCGCUUUGCAGUAUGCGGGCAAACGGACGGCGUUCGGACAACCGAUAGGAAAACUUCAAUCCAUUCAAAUCAAACUGGCUGAUAUGGAAACGCGUCUACAAGCUGCAAGAUUGUUAACCUGGCAGGCUGCAUGUUUGGUGGACCGACAACUACCGUUUACGAAAGCCGCGGCAAUGGCCAAGCUGUCUGCAUCUGAAACAGCCACAUUUGUCACCCAUCAGGCGAUCCAAAUCUUGGGUGGCAUGGGUUAUGUCACUUCUAUGCCCGCCGAAAGACACUAUCGUGAUGCCCGAAUAUGUGAGAUAUACGAAGGGACUAGCGAGAUCCAGCGUCUGGUAAUUGCCGUGAAUUUAUUCAAAGAACACGGUAUUCGGAUCUAA